GAAACAUACAUUGGCGGCCGAGUAAGACCGAAUCCAUGUUAUCGUACGCAAACAGACGGCCAAGAUCUUUCCGAUCUAACGGCUGUGAGAACUUGCGCGUCAUCUCAGGGCUUCCCAUGAAAACCUCAAAUCCUCUUGUUCAGCCUCCACACACGCCCCCCUCUCUCUCUCUCUCUUCACAAAAACUCAGAUUCACCUAUACGUACACCUCUCUCUAUAUCUAUAUCUAUAUCUCUCUCAUAAUAUUAUCAAAAUUUACCAAUAUAUUUGAAACCCUUUAUAAUUUUUGGGAUUAAUUUUCCAUUUUGCUGAAAGAUGCAAACCAGUAACGGUUCCGAAUCUCAACAGAGUAGUUCCAAGGAGAGCAAUAACGAAAGCAGCAAUGGCGGCAGCAAGGCGGUGCAGCCGCCGCCGCAGGUGGUCGCGGCGGUGCCUGGUCAGCAGUGGGUGGCGAUGCAGUACCCCGCCGCGGCGAUGGUAAUGCAGCAUGGGAUGAUUCCGGCGCCUCAUUACGCGCCGCACUACAUGCCGUACCACCUCCACCAUCACCCGCCCCUGCCCCCGCCGCAGCAGUCUGGCGGCGGCAGCAGCAACGGUGGAGGAUCUAAUGGAGAGAACCGCACGAUCUGGGUGGGUGACCUUCAUAAUUGGAUGGACGAGGAUUAUCUCCGUAGCUGCUUCUCUCAAACUGGAGAGGUUUCCUCCAUAAAGGUUAUCCGCAAUAAGCAAACAGGUUUUUCUGAGGGUUACGGAUUUGUAGAAUUCUUUACACACGCUGCUGCGGAGAAAGCUCUGCAGACUUACUCUGUUCUUGCUAUGCCUAACACUGACCAACCUUUCCGUCUAAAUUGGGCUGCAUUUAGCAUGGGCGAUAAGCGUUCAAAUAAUGGUUCCGAUCUUUCUAUCUUUGUGGGUGAUCUAGCUGCAGAUGUUACUGAUACUUUACUGCACGAUACUUUUGCAAGCAAGUAUCCGUCUGUUAAAGCUGCUAAAGUUGUCAUCGAUGCAAAUACUGGCCGUUCAAAAGGCUAUGGUUUCGUUAGGUUUGGAGACGAUAAUGAAAGAACACAAGCUAUGACUGAAAUGAAUGGUAUUUAUUGUUUAAGCAGGCCCAUGCGUAUUGGUGCAGCAACACCAAGGAAGUCAUCAGGUUAUCAGCAGCAGUACUCAUCACAAGGUGGAUAUGCAAAUGGUGUCUCAGCGCAUGGUUCGCAGUCUGAUGGAGACUCUGUUAACACGACAAUUUUUGUUGGAGGACUUGACCCUAAUGUCACUGAUGAAGAUCUCAGACAACCUUUCUCUCAGUAUGGAGAAAUAGUAUCUGUCAAGAUACCGGUUGGGAAAGGAUGUGGUUUUGUUCAAUUUGCUAGCAGACCUGAUGCCGAAGAGGCCUUGCAGAAGUUGAGUGGUACAACAAUCGGGAAACAAACUGUGCGUCUGUCUUGGGGGCGUAAUCCUGCAAACAAACAGGCAAUAGUCUUUUCACUAUCUACUGACUUUUUCACUAAUUCAUAUGCUUAAAGGCACAUCAACAACAAAAAAAAGAGACAAAAGUCUCUUGUGAGGAUGUUGAUGCGUGGGUACCAUAUCCGAAUAGGGUUUAUUAACCAUAACUGGAUGUGGUGCCCCACACAUCUCACGUGGACCUCACAAGAGACCACCUCCACUUAGGGUUUGUAACCCGGUAUGGUGUUACUGAAUAAUAACAGUACACAAGAAUAAUGCUAUACUACUCGAACUCUAGGCUAAUUCAAGAAAAUACAUUUGGCAGCACCGAGGUUGGUACUUACUUUUGUGUUACUUGGUUUUUGUUGCAUUGUGCAGUCGAGAGGCGAUUUCGGAAACCAAUGGACGGGAGCAUACUAUGGGCCGCCUUUCUUUGAUGGGUACAGAUACGCUCUGCCACCUCCUCAUGAUCCGAGUAUGUAUGCCGCAGCUGCAUACGGGUCUUACCCCAUGUACGGAACCCACCAACAGCAAGUGAGCUGAACUGCGGCUGCCCGAGACGCGCGCUGAAGCCCACAUCACAUGCUCCACCCGCGGGUAUGUGAAAAACUAUAAGGGUCUGCACCUAAAUGUGGAGCGGAACUGAAUUUUGACCUAAUUAGGUAGCUCUCUAGGAAAUCUCACAGAACAUUUGUUAAGAAGUGUGGACUUGACACGGAAACUUCUCAAUUGGAAUAAAUGAUCUUCCACA